CUUCUGCGGGCACUGAAGCUGACUACGAAGGUUGAGGAAGUGGGUGCGUUGGUGCACCCUCAUGUUAGAAGAGGAUGCUGAGACUUGGGUGUUUCAAACAACGCAACAGUCAUGUGACCUUCCGGAGUGUUCUGCAACACGCCCUUAGAGCCUCUAAUACCCACCACAGUCAUGACUCAACACUCCAUAUCCUGAGGGCACAUCUCUCCUCAAAAGGGCAGCGAACCCUCUGUAGGACCGUAAAUCAGGGGCCACCGCACUCAUCCUUUAGUUUUGGGGGUCACAGGGCUUCCUACUCCACUCAGCCCCCCAACCCAGGCUCCAGGGCCAGGAUUACCCUGCGGACUCGGCUGGCGGUGACAUUGGUCAUUGGCAGUGGGAUCCUGGGCACGUGGUUGUACGUUUGGCGUGAGAAACAGCAGAAGCUGCAGCUGCAACGUAUAGAGCAACUCAAACAGGUAGCAGUCGGCCAGGGUAACUUCCACCUGCUGGAUCACACGGGCCGACGCAGGACUAAACGUGAUUUUUUGGGCAGCUGGGUUCUCCUGUACUUCGGUUUCACGCACUGCCCAGACAUUUGCCCAGACGAGCUCGAAAAGAUGAGCAAAGUGGUGAGUCUCUUGGACAAGGAGUCCGACCUGCCACCUGUUCAGCCGCUGUUUAUCACGGUCGACCCCGAGCGCGAUGAUGUGGCUGCCAUGGCAAGGUAUGUGAAGGACUUCCACCCACGCCUCAUAGGGUUAACGGGCACACCGGAGGAAGUGAAAGAGGCUGGGACGACCUACCGGGUGUACGCUAGCGCUGGGCCCAAAGAUGAUGAUGGAGAUUACAUUGUAGACCACACCAUCUUAAUUUACCUAAUCAGUCCAGAUGGGCUUUUCCUGGACUAUUACAACAGAAUGAAGAACGAUGAGCAGAUCGUUGAGAGUGUUCGCAACCACAUGAAAACUUAUGUUAAAUUAUUUUCAAACUAAACUAUAACUUGUGUUAAUGGAUGUUAAGAGCUCUCUUUUCAUGCUCUCUGUAUCAA